CGUAAACAACAACGCCGAGAUCAGCGCAAGAUACCGCUUAUCGAAAAUAACACUUAUAAUAUAAAGCUAUGAUUUAAAGGGAGCAUGCUUUCAGUACGAGGUGUAUUUCUGCUCGAUGUGCAGACUGUUAAAACUCAUGUGGUUCACGAGUGUCUGCUAACUUUUAGCCGUAGUUUGCUAACUUAAAGGAAAAGUAGUAACUUAGCUGUUAAUUCUGCGGUCAUGGACUGCGUCGUGACGGGUGGAAACGUGAAAGUGCUGGCCAAAGCCAUCCAGUCCUUGUCCAGGAUCGGUGAUGAGCUCUAUGUGGAGCCUCAGGAAGAUGGGCUGGCCCUGCGGUCUGUGAACUCCUCUCGGUCGGCAUAUGCUUGCUUCCUGUUCGCACCACUUUUCUUCACCAGGUACACCAUCCCAAGUGGGCACGCCUUCCGCUGCAAGAUGGCAAUAAAGAGUGUGCAGGCAGUGUUCAGGUCUCUGGCGUCUCUUGAGAAGACAGUGGAAAAGUGUCACAUUGAGCUGGAUGGGCAGAAGAACCGCCUGACCUUCACAUUGCACUGCAAACACGGCCUCCUGAAGACGCAUAAUCUGUCUUUCCAAGACAGUGAAAGCUUACAGGCAGUGUUUGAUAAAGACAGCUGUGCUAACAUAUUCAGAGCCCAGCCAAGGCUGCUAGUGGACACAGUCGUGCACUUCCCGCCGUCUCUGGAAGAAGUGACUGUGUCAGUGAGUGAUGAAAGGAUGUGGGUCAGGAACCAUGUGGAGGAAGAAGCAGAGCAGUCCAAGGCCAUGCUGACAGAACUGUGUCUGGCCUCAGAUGAGUUUGACCAUUUUGCCGCCCAAGCUCACAACAGUGUCACCUUCUGUCUGAAGGAACUACGGGGUUUGUUAGUGUUUGCAGAGUCUACAGGUCUCCCUAUUUCUAUAUACUUUGAUGAGCCAGGCAGUCCUGUGGUGCUUUCAGUAACAGACAGUGUCCUGGAGGGAAACUUUGUGCUGGCCACGCUCUCUGAAGAUGCCAGCCUACGUAAAAACAACACUGAAUGUGUACGCACACCGCCGCCCCCUCCUGAUGACUUCAUGAAUGAUGACAUGGAUUCCUACCUCAUUGCCAUGGAUACCAGCAUUGCACCAGGCCCCUCUACGUCAGGUCCACCCACAACCCCAAUAGCUGAUUCCACGUGCUCAAAACAACCUGCUGCAGCUAGCCAUAGGACGAGGCUACAUAGUGAAGUGGAGGAGGAAGAUGAAACAUCUGAUACAGAUAAACCACCUAACAAGAAGUUCUGUUCGUUGUUCUUUGGAUCGGUGCUUCCCCCAUCUUCUCAGAUGAGCACUCAGCCACUUACGAAUCAAGAAGUGCUCGCCAGUGACAGUGAGGAUGACACGCCAGGAGACUGACAGUGGACUGAUAGAUGCCAUGAGAGAGAUGGACUCACCUGAAAAUAGGUGUAUGUGUCUGGGCACUUAUUAAAACUUUUACACCACGCCAUCUGGAGUAUUUGAAGACACAGAAACGGACACCAUAAACCCUGAUUUUCAAACCUUACCAGAUCGUACAAGUAUUGUACUGUGAAUUUUUUUUCUAUUUAAUCUGGGCAGGAUCCACAGUACAGAACAGCAUGGCCACUGCUGGCAUCCUCAGCUUUUUAUUUGGACUAUAAUGUGAAUGUUGGGAUUAUGUGAAACUAGACAUGAGGCACUUCCUGUUUGUUUUCAUUGAAAGUCUUCAGUUUGUGAUCAAGAUGCAGUGAAAAAAAGUUCCUCGAAAUAAAACAAACAUAUUUU